UGUGUGUGUGUUAGUGUGAUUCAGACUGUAGGUGUGUGUGUUAGUGUGAUUCAGACUGUAGGUGUGUGUGUGUUAGCGUGAUUCAGACUGACUGUGUUAGUGUGUAGGUACAGUAGAACAAAGGGCUUCUGCAGUGUGACCCAUCUCAGUGUUGAUACCUGUUGUAGGAACUAGCUGAAUCUGGAGAGCUGGGGAAUACCUGUCCCAAGGCUGUCACACUGGAGCACAGGUUGAAGUCGACCAUCAACAGGAGUCCAGUCAUGCUGUUCAUGAAGGGCAAUAAAGAGCAAGCCAAGUGUGGAUUCAGUCUUCAGAUACUGGAGAUAAUGAACAGCUCAGGGGUGGAAUACAGCACCUUUGAUAUCCUGGAAGAUGACGAGGUUAGACAGGGUCUAAAGACAUACUCAAACUGGCCAACGUACCCUCAGCUAUACGUUAAUGGGGAGCUCAUUGGCGGGCUGGACAUUGUGAAGGAGCUUAAAGACAGUGGAGACCUUUCUUCUGUCCUGAGGGGUGAAUGCUAGAUUCCUGUAGUACUGUUACUGUGAUGGGAAUGAGCUAUGGACUACUGCACUCUUUCUUCCUCUCUCUACCCUCUUCUUCCUCUCUCUACCCUCUUCUUCCUCUCUCUACCCUCUUCUUCCUCUCUCUACCCUCUUCUUCCUCUCUCUACCCUCUUCUUCCUCUCU